AGAAGCUUGCAUUGUAGGUAGCCAGCAAGGUGAUAGCAAGCGAUGGCGAAAGAAAAGGGCUUUAACGGUUAUGACAACCAUGGAUACGAUUAUCAAACUGAAAAAGGGGUGGAUCCCAUAUCGAAGACCCCGGGAAAUGAAAGAAAUACGAAUCCCUUUCUCGAAGAGAACUCAGUCGGGACAUCUUCGAGUCUGAGGACGAAUAACCGUACUCCGUUCAAGAUCCUGCUUGUUUCGCUGUUUUUCCUUGUGGCCGCUAUAAUCGCUCUUGGGAUAACUCUUUUUAUCGUCAUUAAUGACGACUCUGCAGCUGCAUUUGAAGCGAUCAAGGUUACAACGGAAUCGCCAGUGGAGACAACUACAAAACCACCUACGACUGGACCUACGAUAGCCAAGACUUCCAGAACUAUGUCAAGAGGUUAGUUUAAUAACUCUUUAUUUUAUGAUUCAUAGACCCCGAGUAAGAAUUGAGAAAAAACGAGAGAAACAAUGAAUGAAAAUCAAAGCUGCUCGAGUUUCCUGCAUAUUAAUUUACAAUCAAACAUGUUUCGUGAAAUUUUAUAUCUUUGAUCCCUUGUCCAAGGAUAGCAUUCAUGAUUAAUAUAAAAAUGCUGCAGCUCUUGAUGUUACUCUGUCAAACAAAUAUUCAAUAUUAAUCCGAUUUUGUUGCCCAUCUUUCACUGCAUUCAUGGAUCAACGCCCUAUUACAAUCUUCCUUUUGUCAAUUAUUACAUAUCAACCAGGUCUCUACGCUCUUCUAUAUCUCGUUCGCUGAGUCUUUUUUGAUCGAAUGGAGUAAUGAGAAUAAUGAUACGGCCAAAUGUUUCUAGGAAAAAGAAAUAUGUCAACAAUAUAUGUCCAAUACAUUGCUCAAAAUCUUUUAAAAUUAUAUAUGACUCUGUAUCUGUCUUUGAAGUGUCUGAAACCACCACGAAAUUGUCUUGGGAAACCACAACGCAAUCCCCUACGACAACAUCAACAGGUCAGUAAUCAAAUCCUUAAAUAAUUCAUGAUUACUAUUGGACAGUCAUACGUGAAAUAAGUAAAUUAAAAAAACGGAAAGUGGUAUAUACUGAUAGCCAUGGUCAGGGGCGGAUCUAGCUUUACCUAGGAUGGGGUUUUACCAAAACAUUUGACACCCUCCCCCCCCCCAAAAAAAAAGGGGGGGGGGGGUGGCUUCACUACAAGUUAAAAAAAAUACCCAAAAAAAAUACAAACUAAAAUCACUACCAAAUGAAGGUCAUUUUGUUACCGAGAAUUUUGUUUUACAAGCCCCAAAAAAGGGUUCACUAUAAAAUGAUGUUAAUUUGGGGUUGACUCCAAAAUAUAGGCCACUACUUUUUUUUUGUCUUGGCAGCCAAGGAGGGGGAGGGGUGGUGGGUUUAAACCCCUCCCCCAGUAGAUCCGCCAGUAGAUGGUUUCGUUAAACCUGGGUUAACUGGAGUGCCAGUUGUCAAACUUAUCACAAAUUAAACAUUAUUUUAUCCUGCUGCAAAAAGUUAGCAAAUAAUGACAUUGGCAGUCAU